UCAAAAAGGCAGUAGGACCCCUAAGUCGCCAUCAAACGGACAUCAUCGUCGAUAUAAACAAAACUCAGUCUCGUCCCUCUUGCUUCAUCGCCAUCAUGUCCACCUCCGGCCUACAGCUACCUCCUUCCCUCGACCUCCCGCCUCACCUCAGUGCCCACAAGUAUUUCUUCGUAUGCACGUUGACCGUCGCCGCUUGGGACACUCUGGUCUUGUCACCUAGGACGUGGAAGCUCCUCCGAACACCAGAAUGGCCGGUCCUCAAAAUCCUUUUCCAUUUCAUGCGGUUGUUCAUGCCUAUUGAAUUUACCAUUGUCGGUGUUGCCUUCUUCGAUACCAACUGGUCUUCAUCCUCUUGCGAAAAAUUCUACCUCUUUGAGCCCAUUUGCACGGCUAUACUUCUCGCGGCAGCUUCAGCUGUCCAUGUCCUCCGGAUUCACGCCUAUCUACGACAAGAGUCGUCCACUGUUCCUCUUUUAGAAGGCCAAGGCUGCAUUGCUGGUAUCAAGGACAACUGGGUCGGGGUUUACUGGGUCUUUCCAACACUUCUCUACACUGUCUCUUUGGCGUUGGCUUUGUUGCGCUCAGUGAAAUCACUACAGGCAAAACCACUUAGCCCAUGGCGGUUGAUGCUCCGUGAUGGUCUCAACCUGUAUGGUGCCAUCUGGAUCGUCAAUAUGACUAACAUGCUCUUUUUGUUCAUCAUGAAACCCACCGACGAGAGAGAUCCCGUCAAGACAAUUAUUACGAGCAUGGCCGCGGUUCUCACGACUUCCAUGACUCUACGUAUCAUCCUUGGCGUUCGGGGAACACUCAGUCAGGGAGGUUCCUUUGUCAUGGGUUCCACGACCCACUCCUCAUCACGGACUACGCAUGUCAUUUCUACGCGCUCCGGUGUUCCCACGAAUAUUUCGCGCGCUCCUCACACGUACACCUUGGAUGAACUGCGCACUAAACCCGAGGGGGAAUGGACCGACAGCGACAACAGGUCUAGUGUCAAGGAAAACAAAGAGUCCUUGAUUAACUCCCAAACCCCUGCUGUUAAGGAUGAUAGCAGCGUUGCCGUCAAAAUCACGGUCGAUAGGGAGGUUGGAUACGAUUUAUAUCCUCACGCCAAGUGAUAUGCUGGGGGAAGGGGGUAAUGAGAUGGAAGGAUUUAUCUUUUAUGCAAGUACGCCUGACAUAGUCUAUGCUAUUUUGCUAUCAUCUGCUUUGAUAUAGUUACGUGUAUCUGCCUGAUUAUCUGUUCGUUGUAUAUUGUGCUGGGAUUUACUUAUCCGUUUGAUUAUAGAUGUCAAAUACAAAAGAUAUAUAUAUCUGAAGCGACUGGCGCGAAAAAGAUUGAAAAAACCACAUGGCUUCUCUACAG